AUGAUAAACAUUGAAGGCUUGGGUCAUUAUAAGCUUGAAAAAAUGCUUGGCACUUUUACAAAUUUUGGACAAUGCAAUUUUAUAGUCAGAUUUGGUGAAAAUCAUCCUUUAAAAGGUGCAUAUAGUGGAACAAAUAUUUCUUUUAGAGGAUUUGUUAAUCAACAAGAAAUAUUGGCUAAACAAAACACAAAGUUAUUUAUUUCACAUUGUGGAGUGAACGGCUUGACUGAGUCAGUCUAUGCCGGUGUUCCUUUGAUUUGUAUUCCAAUUGGAGGUGAUCAACACUACCUUUCCUCCCUUGUUGAACACCUAAAUAUUGGGGUUUAUAUCAAAGCAGACAAUUUAGGAAAUGAUGCUGGAUCUCUGGAAGAGUUUGGUGGGCACCUUGUAAAUGCUCUUGAAGAUAUGAUUGGGGAAAGUAUUAAUCAAAAUGUUUAUCAAGUAGCUGCAAACAAAUUGAGAACUAAAGUACUGGAUGAUUUCUUCGACAACGACAAUCCAUGGAUAAAAAGCAUUUUUAUUGAAAGAUUGAAGAAUAUAUUGGGGAAUGAUUAG